GCUCUAAAUUAGAAAAACUAAAAUUUUAAAUAGCCUCAAAAAUGGCGUCCACUUCUUCAUUUAUUUAUCUGAAGGAUCCUCAUUCUAAAGAAAGGAAGAAGUUAGAAACAGACACAGUUGGAAACCUGCAAGUCCAAUCCUUCAUGAGUAGAGUUUCUGAUGAACUGAACCUACCAGAAGAACAACUGACUUUAAUGUAUGGUGGUCGUGUUUUAAAAUCUGGAAAGACAUUGGGCCAGUAUAAAAUUGAAGAAGGAAUGACGAUAUUCUAUAUGAUAAAGAAACCAAAGUCUGUGAGUUCUGGAGAGCAUGGCGUGAAAAGGGAGGAGUCUCAGCUAAAGAGAUUAGCACAGAACCCACGAGUACAUCAAAUAUUUCAGCGUAUAUUGGCAAACCCACUUUUGCUCUCUUCGAUUGUUCAAGGAACAGAAUUGGAGAAUAAUCCAGUUGUACAAAACUUUGCCAGUAAUCCUAUGAUACAAGCAGCUGCUUCUGAUCCACAAGAAUUAACAAGGAUAUUGGAAAGUGAUGAGUCCCAAGCUGAAGGUGCUCGUCAACUAUUGGAGCAAAUCGGUGCACUCGUUGCCGUGGAGAGAGGGUGUAACCGCGACGACGUUGAAGACGAUCAAAUUGUGGACAUGUUGGAACAAGCAGUUGAUGAUAACGAAAUGGAUUUCAUGGACAUGGGAGGAGAAGAAGAAGAACUGGCCGACGCACAAGAGCAAAUGUAUCAUUAUUCUCAAGCUAUUUUAGCUCAUCAGAACAGUAACCAACCACAAGGUCAGAAUAUGGAGACAAAUUCAGAGGCUACACCUAAUCCUCCUCCACCUCCUUAUCCUGGACCAAGUACUACUCCUGCUGGUCAGACAGCACCAGUAGCCAGUAGUCCUGGUAUUACACAGAACAUGUUAGCUGAUGCUCUAUCAAUAGCUGCUUCACCUACUAGUAGUCUCACAUCUUCCUUGCCAUCAUCACUCAAUACUCGAUACCUUCAGCCGCCUCCUUCAAGAUCAAACCCAUCCCAGUCCGGCCCCAGUAGUUUACCUUCCCAUGCUCCUCCUCCUCAACCCCCCAGACGCUCUCAUAGUAACCCAGGGAGAGAGGGUCAGCCCCCAUCAGCCACCACUGUCUCACAGGCAGAUCUCCAAAGAGCACUACAAUCCAUUGCUAUGGUAAAGAUACAUGUAUACAUUAUUUAUUGAGAAGCAUGUAAUGUACAUUUAUAAUGUACAUGUACAUUUUUUAUGCAACAAGA